CCGCCACGAAGGAGCCGCCCGGCCCGGCCCGGCCCGGCCCGGCCUUAGCCCGAUAAGCAGGAAAAGGAGACAGAAGCCCUGUGGAGCUUGCAGUCAUGCCGUUCCCGUUUGGAAAAUCUCAUAAGUCUCCCGCAGACAUCGUGAAGAAUCUGAAGGAAAGUAUGGCAGUUUUAGAGAAGCAAGAUAUCUCUGACAAGAAAGCAGAAAAGGCUACAGAAGAGGUUUCCAAAAACCUGGUUGCUAUGAAGGAAAUCUUGUAUGGCACCAAUGAGAAAGAGCCACAGACAGAGGCCGUGGCCCAGCUGGCUCAGGAGCUCUACAACAGUGGCCUCCUGAGCACGCUGGUAGCUGACUUACAGCUCAUUGAUUUCGAGGGCAAAAAAGAUGUGGCCCAAAUCUUCAACAACAUCCUCAGAAGACAAAUUGGCACAAGGACUCCUACCGUUGAGUACAUCUGCACGCAACAGAGUAUUUUGUUCAUGUUAUUGAAAGGGUACGAAUCUCCAGAAAUUGCUCUUAAUUGUGGAAUAAUGCUGAGAGAGUGCAUCAGACACGAACCUCUUGCCAAAAUCAUUUUGUGGUCAGAGCAGUUUUAUGAUUUCUUCAGAUAUGUUGAAAUGUCAACAUUUGACAUAGCUUCAGAUGCAUUUGCCACAUUCAAGGAUUUACUUACAAGACACAAGUUGCUGAGUGCCGAAUUUUUGGAACAGCAUUAUGAUAGAUUCUUCAGUGAAUAUGAAAAGUUACUUCAUUCAGAAAAUUAUGUGACAAAAAGACAGUCGCUCAAGCUUCUUGGGGAACUUCUGCUAGACAGACACAAUUUCACAAUUAUGACAAAAUACAUCAGUAAACCCGAAAACCUCAAGCUAAUGAUGAACCUUCUGCGAGACAAGAGCCGCAACAUACAGUUUGAGGCCUUUCACGUCUUUAAGGUGUUUGUAGCCAACCCUAACAAAACACAGCCAAUCCUAGAUAUCCUUCUCAAGAACCAAACGAAACUGAUCGAGUUUCUCAGCAAGUUUCAGAAUGACAGGACCGAGGAUGAACAAUUUAAUGAUGAGAAGACCUAUUUAGUUAAACAGAUCAGGGAUUUGAAGAGACCAGCACAGCAAGAAGCUUAAUCUCCAAUAAACAAACAUCUACAAUAUUAAACCCCAAGUCAGCAUUUGCUGUUAGAUAUUCAGCAUCAGGCACUCGUAUCGAUUCAUGAGGAACAUUACUGCUAAUCUGCUGUUCAGUGAACGGUUUUUCCUUUUCCUUUUUUCCUUUUUUUUUUUUUUUUUUUAGUCCAAGUUGAAAAACAUAGCUGCUGCUUUCUGGCACAUUAGAGCACCGUGGGGACCUUUUCUUGAUCUUAUGUCAUUUCAGAAUUCAAAGACACUGCUUGUUUGAGGGGUCCUAGGAAUGCAAGGUUUCUGAAAGCAAACAUAGAGGUUAGAGUUUGAUUUAGGGGAAGAAGGAAUUAAAGGUAGUUAAGUGACCAGGCUACAUGCUUGCCAAUCUGGCUCAGUCCAAUACAUUUGCACUUACUUGUUGGAGAUCCGAGCACAACAUGGCCUGUGCACACUGGGCACCGUUAGUUUCCAAUUGUAUGCCUUGAUUUAAAAUAAAACAAAACAAAAAUGUUCAGUGCUUUAUCUGUAAUCAAAGAGGUGCACUCUGGGGGAUAGUUGUCAUGCUAAUAAGCCGAUAGAUAUUGCAACUUAGCAGUUUUUCCAAAGUGUGAAUGAAGCCUGAGAAAGUUCAUAAGGAAAAAUGUAUAUAUGCUUUUCAGUGCUUUCUAGAAAAAAAAAUUUUUUUUGACAUUUGAUUUGAUUUUCUUGAGACUUGUCAACUUGGAGACGUUCAAGGGUUUUUUGUUCAUUUUACUUUUUUGAAGGUAUUUUAAGACAGUAGAACUAGCAGUGACAUUUCAUUUCAACAGUGCUUACAGAUUUCUUUUGUAUAUAACUACUAGACUACUCAUUUCUUUAAAAUGAUUUAAUUUGUACAGCAGAAGAAUGUUAUUGUAUUAGUCUGUAACUAUUACCUAAUAUUGAGUUUUUGCAAAAAUGAAUGCUCCUAUGUAAUUGAAUCUCUCCAAUCCCAUGGAAAUGCUGAUUUCACACUUUCCUGAGUACUUUCUGCAGCAUUAAAGGGAAGAACAACCAAAUUCUCUGUCUUCCCUUCUCUAACUGGGUGCCAUCCAUUAGAAUAGGUUCCAAUAGAAACUGGAGCCAGUAACUGUAUCCUUCCUGGAUAACAUUGGCCAGAUCUAGAAAUAAAUGGUAAAGAUGAUGCUCAAUUCCUGCUGAUUCUUUGGGCAAGGGGUGGGGACCCCCAUAGAGCACCCCCUUUUCUUUCCUAGUGUCUCGUGGGACUGAAGAAUGGGAGCCCCGGCUUCUUGUAGGCCAGGACAAGUUCCUAGUCAUGGACACAGUACAGGAAAGGUCCCCCACCCCUGCCCCAUGCCCCACCCCUGCCCCAUCCCCCCCCCACUACUUCCUGUCCCCAGAUAUUGCAAAUGAUCAGUAUUUACAAAGAACUGAUGUUGCAUCACUUGUUACUGUGACCACAACAAAACGACUCCUACUGGAAUGUAGCUGAGCCAAGAGAUCAGGAAUGGCGUCUGCUCUCUUGCCAAGGAGGCCAGGAUCACACCUCGACAACUUUGGCCUGGCUGCAGCUGAUUAAGGACUUGAUAGAAUUAUCCAUCCUCCUUCGCUAGCCUUUCUUCCUAAUUAAAUUAUUUCUCUGCUGGUAGAACGGGACUCUUGAUCGAUGUUUCUGUUCGUUUUUUUAGAGCCUUCACAAAAGGAAGCCAGAUAAGAGCAUGAGACUCUUAAGAAAAUGGAGUCCAUUUGGUUCUGUUGAAUGUAAAUGAUGCUCAAUAUCAUAAUUGGUCUUUUUAAAGCGAUCUUAAAUGACUCUGUGUAAAAUAAUUCACAUUUCCUAUUGGAAAUGGGGGAAGUGACUUAACUUCUGGGAAAGGAUAUUUCCAUUCUUUUUAGAAAGGCACAAGUGGCCACAAGAAUUGUAAGUAUUAUUGUUUGUAAAGUUGCCUGGCACUGGAUGAGAUGUGCUUUUAGGGCAGAUACCCUGGUCCCAGUUGAGUGGAGCGGAGUCUAUUUGCCAAGAUAUUUGUCAGAACAUCAAAGCUUCCACUUUGGCAGCGUGUCCUAGCACUAGAGCCUUCUGUCCAUAGAGCAGGAAAAGGGGAGGGGGGAUGUGUGUGAAAUGGAGCCUGGGCUGGGGACAAUCCCAUUGGGUUCUGGAGGCAGUUGCUGUGCUAUUUUUUCUUUAUUUGGGUUUCUUUCUUUCUUUCUUUUUUUUUUUUUAACAACAGAAUGUGAAAACAUUGAGCGUUAAGAAAAAGUUGUGUUUUAGAGUUCUGAUCAUUUGACAUGUUCGUAGUAUGGAAAACUUGUACUGAAAGUGGUUUCUUCUCAAGUGUUAGGAAGGCUCACAUAGACUAAAGCAGUUAUUUCAUGGGACUUUUACCCUUUAAAAAAAAGUAGAGAUGUAUACAAUUGUAACUACUGCAUAUAAAAGCAUUUCAUUUUGCCCAAGGAAAAUGCAUUUAUAUUGGAAAAUCUGGCUGGCCCUGUAAUUUAAAUUGAAAUAAAAUUUUGAAGAAACAAAA